AUGGGCGACAGCUAUACGGACGAAACACUUCCUGUCUUUGGUAUUCCGAACUGGGUCGAGACACUGGUAGCUGCCGAUCGGAUCGAUGCGGGACCAUUUGCUUCGUUUCCCAACGGUGAUCCCAGGCACGGAGUGUUCGGUCAAAGUUACACCUACAAUUUCGCGCUAGGUAGAUGGCUCUUCGAUCCCGUGCAAUCAAUACUGCUGGGUCUCAAGCCCGAGGAACUCUUCAGUGACAUCACCAGCAACUAUUCAGACGGCCUCGCCUACGCCACGAACAACGGAAAUCACCCAGUUCAAAUGGUGUUUUCAAAUUAUCCCGACUUAGGCACUAUGCCGAUGAGUUCAUUCUUGACUCAAACCCAGAAGGAUAAUCUGCGACCAUGGAUUGAUGCCUUAAAUGUCUUUAUUGACUUGACCGCCGCACAAUACAAUGCCCCUGUCGUCGAUUUACAUAGUUGGUGGGAAGAUGUUCGCUCAGCGGGCGGAACCACCAUCUAUGGCAACUUCGUGCCAGCUUCGGAGUGGUUUGUCGUCGAUGGACUUCAUCCUACCGCAAUCGCGCAGGCUGCCUGGGCAGAGCGUAUCGUCGAUGCGAUGAACACUCGUGGUGCCGGGCUAGAGCCGCUUUCCGAAAAAGAGAUGGUGCAUUACUCGGGACUCGACCCGAACGAUGCCCCCGUGGCCCACGCCGGUGGAACGUACUCCAUACUUACCGGUGAAGGACUUACCCUUAAUGCGAGCGCAUCCUCCGACGCCGACCCACUAGACACAUUGACUUACCGUUGGGACAUCAACGGCGAUGGUAACUACAACGACGCCACGACCGUCUCCCCGACACUGUCUUGGUCCCAACUCCAAACGCUCGGAAUUGCCGCAGGCAAUAGCUACAACGUUCGCGUUGAGGUUUCCGAUGGCUUUGCCGUGAAUGGGCAAACAGUUUCGUCCGCAACCACACUCACCGUCCUCGAACCGGCCAUUCCCAACAUUGGUGGGCCUUACUCUGGCGAUGAAGGUUCGGCGAUUCCGCUUUCUGCCUCGGCCAGCGUUGGGGCGUCGCUUUACGAGUGGGACCUCGAUAACGACGGUCAGUAUGACGAUGCGGUGGGGGAGAAUGUUAACUUCAACGCCACCGACAAUGGCGUGUUCACCAUCGGGCUGAGAAUCAACGGUGUGGGUGGGCCGACCGACUCGACCACCGUUAGUGUGAACAACUUGGCUUCCACGGCGAGCAUUGCCGGCACUGCCGCUAUCUAUCGUGGCGAAGAAGUCACUUUCACGCUUAGCGCCAGCGAUGCCUCGUCGGUAGACCAGGCGGGGCUGUUCAACUUUGAGAUUGACUGGGACGGGAACGGUACAGUUGAUGAGACGCUGUUGGGUGUGCCCAGCGGUACGACAGUGCAGCACGCGUUCCCCUCACUGACUUCGAACAAUAUCCAGGUGCGGGCGACCGACAAGGAUGGUUCGACUGGCGGUUUCAGCCAGUUGCCCAUCACGGUUACCCCGCAUGUUCUGCGGGAUGACGGCUUUGGUAAUACCGAUCUGAUCUACGGCGGAGCGCCGGGGUUUGAUGCGGUGUUCGUGCUGGGGCAGGCCCCGGGCAUGUCGAUUUAUUUCCAGGUCGAGAAUGCCAUUGCCACCAACCGGCUCGAGUACUUCGGCUCUGCAAUCACGGGUCGAGUGAUUCUGCAUGGCUAUGGUUUCACCGAUAUCCUGGCAGGUGAGUUGGGCCCGGGGAAUGUGAUGGAGAUCUACGGCGGUGAUGGCGACGACAUCAUCGUCGGCGGAUCGUUGGGCGACUUCCUGUACGGUGGUAAUGGCAACGAUAUCCUCAUCGGCGGCACACGUGCCACCGAUGGUGACGAUUACCUUUCCGGCGGCGAAGGCCGGGAUUCGCUGUACGGCUACUUGGGUGCCGACACGCUUGAUGGCGGUGGGGGUGAAGACCUACUGGUGAGUGAUCACUUCCUCUUCAGCGAUCAACACUCCGCCAUUCAGUCGAUUCACGAGGAGUGGAAGUCGGCCCGACCGUAUUCCGAACGGGUGAGUAACAUUCAGGGCAUUACCUCCACCGGCGUGAAUGGUCCGUGGACACUACAACCCGGCGUGACGAUUGUGGAUGACGGAGCGGAAGACACGCUCAUUGGCGGCAUCGGUGAUCUGGAUUGGUUCUUCUACGACUUCAGUCAGGACCUGCUGGGCGACACGAUCGAAUUGGACGAAGAAGAAACGGAUACUAAUCCGUAG